UGCUCGCUCUCUCGCUUCCAUGUUUGUUCGUGGUCAUUUUGCAUUUCUGUGCUAGAUUUUCUAGUUUAGCGUUUCAAUUAAUGAUUAAAUUCCUAUAAGAGUGUAAUUAAUGAAAUUAUCGGAACUUCGGCGACCUUGUGAGGAUUUGUCGCCCAACAAAAAGUGUAUUACGGCGAUUUAAUAACAGGGAGGGCGAUGGCAACAAACAGGAGCGGUGCGCAGCGGCCGAACGGCGCGCCGCAGACGAAGGUGUGUCAGUUCAAGCUGGUGCUGCUCGGCGAGUCGGCCGUGGGCAAGUCGUCGCUGGUGCUGCGCUUCGUGAAGGGCCAGUUCCACGAGUACCAGGAGAGCACGAUCGGCGCGGCGUUCCUCACGCAGACGCUCUGCCUGGACGACACCACCGUCAAGUUCGAGAUAUGGGACACGGCGGGGCAGGAGAGGUAUCACAGUCUAGCGCCAAUGUACUACCGGGGUGCUCAGGCGGCCAUUGUAGUGUACGACAUAACUAAUCAGGACACGUUCGGGCGCGCCAAGAACUGGGUGAAGGAGCUGCAGCGGCAGGCGUCGCCGUCGAUCGUGAUCGCGCUCGCGGGCAACAAGAACGACCUCGCCGCCAAGCGGAUGGUCGAGUUCGACGAGGCGCAGACGUACGCGGACGAGAACGGGCUGCUCUUCAUGGAGACGAGCGCCAAGACCGCCAUGAACGUGAACGACAUCUUCCUAGCUAUCGCGAACAAGUUACCAAAGAGCGAGAGCGGCGGCAGCGGCGCGGCGGGCGGCGCGCGGCGCCUCGCCGACGGCGACCAGCCGCGCGCCUCCACCUGCUGCAAGUGAUACCCGCACCCGCCGAGGCAGUGCGAGUGUGUCGGGGGCGGCGCGGUGCGCGGGGGCUGAGUACAUUCGAAGAUUCACUAUUGGGUGACGGUGCAUUUACGAUACGUAACGUUAAGAAAAAUAUGUUAUGAAACAAUAAAAUAUUAACAAAAAUUAAUGUAUCUUUUUCUGUUCACUUAGGUCACGGCUUCGUAAGGCUGGGUUCACACGAAACACUUUAAUUAUACCCAAUUAAUAAUCAUUUUGUGAAGGUUUACACUAUGUUGAGUAGCGGACUGGCGGUAUACGGUAACCUUUACAUACAAAAAGGCAUUAUAAAACAUCGAUUGUUAAGUGUCACCUAUACUCGGGGCAUACUAGCACUGUGUAUGACACGUGUCGAAAAAAAUGGCUAUCAAAAAAUGUGUACAGCCCGUGCAAAAAUGGAUUGAUUCAAAAGUAACGCGUUACUUGGCAAAGUGUAAAAGCUCGUAGAACUGUCGUUGGCAGAACGGCGAAAUUUUAAUAAAUAUUAUGAUCAUUGUGAAUGGCUUACAUGUGGAUAAUGAUUAAUUGUUGGAGACAAUUAUUAUUGCAGCAAAGGUUUUUUUAUUAUUAAAGCCUUGCUAUAAAUUUAUAUUUUAGCUCUACAUUCAAUGUAUUAUUAAAUUAAUCGGCUUUGAUUAUCUUAUUAUUGUUAUUUUUCUUCCGUCGUUCUGUAACGACAGUCGUAUUCCACUCAUUAAAAUCAUGUUGCGUGUACAUUUACAACUCUGUAGGAUUAUUGUAUAUUAUAUUUCGUUCAAUUAAUUAACUCGCCCGUAGAAUACAUGCGUUUUGCAGUGACUUUAUAUAUCGGAUAAUCACAAUCGAAGAUUCAUACAGUAGCUGUGUGAUUUUGCGUUGUGUAUUCUAUCGGCGGUAAAAAUGUAUUGUUUUUUUUUUAUUAAUAUUUUUUAUCGUUUUCAUUUAUUUGCCGUCCCGUCGCGACGACGCGUAGAGAUCAUUAUACAGAUUUAGUUUAGAUGAAACUAGAUAAUCAGCUCUUAUUAGAACGCUAAUCAUUCGGUGAACGUAACAUCAUAAUGUAUUAUGUAUAUUAUAUAAUAUAAUUUUAUUUGUUUAUAAGGGAAUUGUUUCGGUGGAUUUUACAAUCUGUGGAAGUUGUAGAUGUAUUUUUUUUUUGUAAUCGCAUUCCAAGGGGCGUAGUGCAUGCAGUAGCAUCCUGAUAUUAAAAACGAUCGUCGGAUAAUUUUAUGGCGCCCAAUGCAAGCUGGAAUUUCACAUUGUCUAUGGUCCGGAUGUGCACGUUUAACGAUUGGGCCCUUGAAUUGUCUAUGACCUACUCUUCUAUUUUCUUCAUCUUGUCUAUGGCAAAGAUUCUAUUCCUUUCUACAUAUUAUACUUAAUUGAAUUUUAUAUAGUAUAGAUAAAUCGUUUGUUCAAGUGUUUCAUUUGACUUACGCAUCGCCAGUAUAUUGACGAACGUUUAGGAUUUUUGCAGUAAGCAAUCAUCUUUGUUGAGCGUCAAUUUAAUUUCAAUCUCGUGAAUUUUAAACGUUAUCUAUUCCAGUCGAACUCCGAUUUAUAAUUAUAUAGACAACCGCUUCUGUCGAAACUCUGGUCCUAGAUAUGAUCCAAUAAUAGCAUUUGAAACGCAAAUUGUCCCUGAUAUUAAGCAAACUUAAAAUAAAUCAAUUAAUUUUUCUACUUAGGCUUACAUUACAAAUGUAUGUUAAUUGUUAAUUUAAAACAAAAGUGCUUGUCGCUUUUCGAUAUCAUUUUUUGGUGUUAUGUCUUGUGUUCUACAAAUAUGAAUAAUGUAUCGGCAAAAUGAAAUUUCGAUUAUAUAAUAAUAUAAAUAAAUAUGGCUAAAUUGUAAAAAAAAUUAGACAUCAUACCAUAAAAUGUGCAAUACUUAGCUGUAAUCAGACCGCCUCCUGUUCACGUCAAGUUGCUAAGAUACGAUGUGUAAAUUAGUUGUACGCCAAUAAUUAUACAUUUCUCGAUGUAAUCUGUGCAAAGGCUAAAAAUAUUCUAUUUUAUCUGUGAUUUCUUAAUAUUAACGCAAGCUUUGGCGGGAAAGUGGAGCUAACUGUGUAAACGUAGAUAAAAUGAAGUCCAAGUGGUUUCUGAGAACAUUGAUUCAUAAAUGAAGUAUAAAUAGAAUAUUUUAGUUGUAACGUAAACGCUAGAGGCGCAGGACGCGGUUUCUGAUAUCCUUCAGAUUAGAGUUAUAUAGUAGAAGUUAACAAAACAUGGUUUGUUGUGUAAUAAUAUGGAAAACAUGCGGAGACGGACGUUGAUCAAGGUCAUAUAGUAUGUUUUUGUAUUGUGUAAAUAUUUUGGAUUUAUUAAGAUUAUUAUAUUGAAUAAAAAAAUAUUGUAAAUGAA